AUGAAAAGACGAAAGCUUUCGCCAGAGCUGUACCAAGUAUCUAAAACACCUCCCCUGCCUUCUAGGUCCCCUCAUCCUCUGCCCAACUCUGCUCUUUUAUAUCACUUCGCUCUCUCAGCUCAUCGAGCAUCUCAUCAGCAUCUGCAACAAGCGUUCGUACAUCCUUCGAUAUCGGCAGAUCCAAGCUCAGGUAUACCCAUAGCGCCAGUGUACAAUCGCAGUCCCGCUCAACCAUUCAUUCAUGAUCCAUAUGCAGCUGCAAAAGCCCUGGACCUGCAAUUGGUAGCUCUCGAUUUCCUUCGAACUGGUUUGGCAUAUCCCGAUCUGUCCGAACGGGAGCGAGUAGCAUUUGGGCUUGAAUUUGGGAUCGUCGGAUUGAAGGUCUAUACGGCUUGUAUUGGGAAUAGUACGGGAAAAGGAAAGGACAGCGAGAGAAAUCGAGGAGUCGAUUUAUCGAGGUUGAUAGGAGAUAUUCAAGAUGUAAUCGGUCACUCCUACUACAUCUCACAAAGACAAACAUCGUUCAUGCGUCUGAGACAUCAGCUAGAACUGCUCCACAUCCGCGUCGCUUUCAUUCAAGGUAAACAGAAUCUUGGUAAAAAGAUGGUUCAGCAAGCGUUGAAUACCAACAGAGACCACACCUCACAUCGCUAUGCCCUUCACUUACUUUACCUCGAGUUCGUCGAGCAAACUGGAUCAGCAGAAUUCCUUGCAGUUUGUGAUGAGCUAAUGGCCGAAGCCUAUGCCAAAAGACACUUCCAGAUAGUCCGACUGGCAGCGUUGACGAAAGCUCGCUUCAUAUUCGUAUAUCGUCGUUGGGAACUAGCCGCCCAAGCUCUUUCCGCUUUCUCAUCAGUCAUAGAAUUGACUGAGGACUUGUCAAAACCUAUUCAUUUGGCUGGUCAGGGCAAUGAUCGUAUCUGGGAAGCCUCCUUUAUCAUACAUUAUCUGAUCUUACGAGCUCUAUGGGAAGGUCGUAUAGGAAACGAUCUCAAUGCGAAGAAUUGCCUCAAACACAUCUAUGCUUUGAUGGACGGGACGGCCGAAUCUGGCUUAUUCAAUCACCUGCGAGCGAAUGGAGGGCUCAAUAUUCCCGGAGGCGAACCAAUACAAGUACAAGUCACCCCGCCAAAUAUACUCUACAUGCUCACCUACCUCACCACCGUGGUCAGCCGGCGAGACUUCACCGGCUCCAACCAAACAUGCAAAACUAUCCUGCAUUCCAAUGCCCUCAGACUACACGAGAACGCAGUACGUGCUGAAGAUAUGUGGGAUACCGGCUUCUCACAUCUACAUGGAAUCGCACAAACUCAGAUUCAGCAAAAGGAGGUUAUGAUCAUCAGAGGCGAAAUGAUGAUUGAGCAUGCCACGGCCUUGAUGUUUAGGAGCGAGUUCGAAGCGAGCUAUAAGGAGACGGCCGCCAAGUACUACAAUGCUUGCAAGAGGUUGAUCAAUCAAGGCAGCGAAUUCGGCUUGAUCGCCGAUAUCGGUCUGAUGGGAAGUCAACAUCGUCUCACCAAGUUGCCAGCACAUCCUGAGAAUCGAGACAAGGUUCAUGCUUUAGCCGAAAAGUGCAAAGGAAGCACCAGUGCGAUGUUCAACGGUGCUGGAUAUCUGUUGGCUAGUCUGAUCGAUGAGAACGUGGUCAACUCCAAGAAACAGCUUUCGAACGCUUACGAAAUAAGUGUUCGAUCGAAUAAUAAUAUCCUUCGACUUCUUAUUUUCGCCUUUACCACCAGCACUCAUCACUAUGGAGGGAGAGAGAGGAUGUAUAGGCAGUUGGAGACAGGGAAAGAACUGGCCAAAUUAAUGGGCGGGAAAGACCGUCCUGAUGGAGUUGGACAAGUGAUCCUUGGAUUGUGGUUUGCUUAUCGUCUUAAAGAGUAUUAUCGACAAGAAGGGGAUCAAGAAAGAGCUGGACAAGCUCGAGACAGUAUCAAGGCUCAUCUGGACCGGUUGACGGAGAUCAAGACUCAAGGUCUCUCUCUGGAACGUACGUUACUGCCAUUGCCACUGAAAGCGUGA